CGGAUGUUUAAGCGUGCUGUAUGUUCGGUUUUGUUCCACAGCAACAGAAGAACCUGGAGGGGUACGUGGGCUUCGCAAACCUCCCCAACCAAGUGUACAGGAAGUCCGUGAAGAGAGGCUUCGAGUUCACGCUAAUGGUCGUGGGAGAAUCGGGGCUGGGGAAGUCGACGCUCAUCAACUCACUGUUCCUCACAGAUCUGUACUCUGCAGAGUAUCCUGGACCUUCCCACAGAAUCAAGAAGACUGUACAGGUGGAACAGUCCAAGGUGCUGGUAAAAGAGGGGGGAGUGCAGCUGCUGCUCACCAUCGUGGACACACCGGGAUUCGGAGACGCCGUAGACAACAGCAACUGCUGGCAGCCGGUGAUCGACCACAUCGACAGUAAGUUUGAGGAUUACCUCAACGCAGAGUCGCGGGUCAACAGACGGCAGAUGCCUGACAACAGAGUGCACUGCUGCUUGUACUUCAUCGCCCCCUCUGGACACGGACUGAAGCCGCUGGACAUCGAGUUCAUGAAGCGGCUACAUGAAAAAGUGAACAUCAUCCCGCUCAUCGCCAAAGCCGACACGCUGACCCCAGAGGAGUGCCAGCAGUUCAAGAAGCAGAUAAUGCGAGAAAUCCAGGAGCACAAAAUCAAAAUCUACGAGUUCCCCGAAACGGACGACGAAGAGGAGAACAAGCUCGUGAAGAAGAUCAAGGAUCGGCUGCCGCUGGCCGUCGUGGGCAGCAACACCAUCAUCGAGGUGAACGGGAAGCGCGCGAGAGGGAGGCAGUACCCGUGGGGUGUGGCUGAAGUUGAGAACGGAGAGCACUGCGACUUCACCAUCCUGAGGAACAUGCUCAUCAGGACCCACAUGCAGGACCUGAAGGACGUGACUAAUAACGUCCACUAUGAGAACUACCGCAGCAGGAAGCUCGCCGCCGUCACCUACAACGGCGCGGACAACAACAAGAACAAAGGCCAGCUCACCAAAUUUGAGACAGUUGAUGGCAUGAGUCCACUGGCGCAGAUGGAGGAGGAGAGGAGAGAGCACGUGACGAAGAUGAAGAAGAUGGAGAUGGAGAUGGAGCAGGUGUUUGAGAUGAAGGUGAAGGAGAAGCUGCAGAAGCUGAGGGACUCGGAGACGGAGCUGCAGCGGCGUAAUGAGCAGAUGAAGAAGAACCUGGAGGCUCAGCAUAAAGAGCUGGAGGAGAAGAGGAGGCAGUUUGAGGAGGAGAAGGUCAGCUGGGAGACUCAGCAACGCCUGGUGGAGCAGCAGAAACUCGACGCCUCUAGGACUUUGGAGAAAAACAAGAAGAAGAAGAUCUUCUAAAGUUUUCCCACCACCACGAUGUACCAGUUGCCAACGAUGCCAGCCUGGACUGUCUGUCGGUCAAGCAUAAUGCUAUAUCCCCACCCUCCCUGUGUGUGUGUGUGUGUGUGUGUGUGUGUGAGAUAAUGAUGAGGGAAUUAUUGAUGUUUCAGGGCUGAGCAGUACGACGUAUAGAUACAGACCACGAGACACGAAUACACAAUAUGUACAGCAGGUUUAUGAGCAAAGUGCAGAAGAAGUCCACGUUUACAUCCGAGGCGUAAUAAUAAAAGUACACUCGAGUUUAACGUUCGCUGCGAGACAAUAACAUGUGACGUCAUCACGUCGUCGUAUUGCUCAGCCUUUCUCCGAGACCCGUCCCUCAAUCCCCUCCUUCCGUUCCUCUCUAUACCGAUGUGUAGUCCAAAGAGCCGCUCUGCCCACACAUCCCCCCCCCCCCACACACACACACACACCCCCCACCCACCCCCACCCCCCAAACAUGCCGACAGACUCGAAUCAGAAACGACCGCAAGGCUGCAGUACACCUCAGGCCAUUUAUUCAUUUUGUUAAUUUUUUAAAAAUAAAAAUAAAAAAACAAUUUUAAAAAAUGUGGCUUUAUUAUUAUUAUUAUUAUUAUUAUUAUUAUUAUUUUCUUCUUUCUCUCUAAGAAAUGUUAAGCUCUUCCAUUUUGUGUAAUUUAAGUUAUCUAGCCUCGGACCGCGUUGUAUGACGUUUUUUUGUUGUUGUUUGUGUAACAUUUCAUUUCUAUUUGUUUUGGUCUGUAUAUUACGUGCUCUUUAUAUAUUCACCCCGCUGCAGCCUCGUUUACCGUCAUCAACGCGUGGUAGUCUGGACCCGGAGCUUGGCGUUGGAAUCUGCGGGGACACGUUUACACCUUGCGUUAACGUACAGCGCGUACGGGUCGGGUUCAGGGUCCCGGUGUGUGUGUGUGUGUGUGUGUGUGUGUGUGUGUGUGUGAUCGACACGAUGGAUUUUGGAGACAUCGUUCCAGCUGUGAAGUGUGGUGGCGGGUGCAUCGCUCGCUUCACGGCGCGUCACCUUUUCAAAAACGGGCGUUGUUAUGAAUGAUGACGACGAGGCCUGUGGAGGAGCACGUUCUCUCGUCUGUCUGUCUGUCUGUCUGUCUGUCUGUCUGUUUUUAAAGUGGUUAAACGCUGUCUGAUGAUAACCGGAUCUCUGAAACGUUAACGCAGGGUGUAAAUGUUGCCCGUGCUGGUGCGAUGCCGUACAAGACCUGUUCUCGAAGAUGUCAUUUUAAAGCGGGAAGAAGCAGAACUGCUCGUACAGCCGAAUACAUUUUGGAAAAUCACCUCCCCCAGUGUCUCCUUGACCCUCGUGAGCUGUUACUGCGAGGCCUCGGUCACAAAGCACGGUUACUCUCAAGUCUUUCGAAGAACAGCUUCGACCUUACAAGCCGGUUUCCCCCCCCAGGUAUCUCUUUAGUAUGAUCCAGAUUAGCGACUCACUGCUCAUUGGCCGAUUGGAGCCGUGACCGUGAGCUCCCGCCCACAACUGUCCAUUCUCACUCGCCCACAUUUAGCUCUCCAUUAUGUACUGCACCUAUAUCUUUCUCUUCUUCUUCUCCUUCUUCUUCUUUUUUUUUAAUUUAAGUUCUUUUUUUUUUCUUUUGUUUCCAUUUUUCUUGUACAAAGUCACAUAAUAAAACUGUGAUGAUGAACUGAAACAGUGCAGUGUGUAGUCGU